AUGAAAGUAGUUAUAAUUGGGGCAACUGGUCUUGUAGGGGCCCAAAUUUUGAAAUUCACUGAAGCUUCAAGUGCUAUCUCUGCAAUUACUACAUUGACACGUCGUAAAGUCGAAGGAUCUACAAAGUUGAAUUCAAUUGUAACACCGGACACUAAUGAAUGGACCGAAUUAAUAGCUGCUAAUGCAAAAGAUAACGAUGUCUUCUUCUCUGCCUUUGGAACCACCAGAGCUGAUGCAGGUGGCAUUGAAAAUUUCAAAAAAAUUGAUUAUGGUACGAAUUUGCAAUGUGCCAAGGCAGCUAAGGAUGCCAACAUUAGUACAUUUGUGUUGGUAUCUUCAGCAGGGGCAAAUAGCAGCUCGUGGCUUCCAUAUUUAAAGAUCAAAGGAGAAUUAGAAGAUGAAAUUACAAAGUUGGGCUUUAAAAGAUUCAUUAUCUUGAGACCUGGUGCUUUACUUGGUCAGAGGACUAAGCAACAUAAUGGAUUUGGUGCGGGUAUAUUUGUAGCUUUAUCCGAAUUUCUGAGAAAGACACCGUUUAGUAAGGCACUUAAGGCAGUUUAUGCAGAAGAAAUUGGAAAGGCUGUAGUGUCUUUGGCAACUAAGCCAUUACCAUCUAAUGGCGAACCAGAAACAAGGAUUAUAGAAGCGGCUGAGAUUGUGCAACUUGCUAGUGAAAUUUGA